AAACUGCUGGGAGUGAAGAGGAGAGACCCGAUAGGAGUCAAACACUUCCACGCGCAAAACACUCUGAGGAAAAAGACGCGCGUGCGGAAGAUUUUUUUUCUGAUUUUCAUACACCUUUUGGCUUCUCCGAACGACGGUAAAAAGUUUGCAGUGGAGGCUCCAAUAGAAGAGCCAACAGAUAAAUUAUCUUAAAAUUGUUGACAUUGUUGCCCGUGGCUUUUCCGGGCAAGUCAACGUUGCGGAGCUGCUUGUUUGCGGGUUUUCCUUUUGCAGACUGGCAACCUGCUUUCGUGUUAAGGGAGAAGAUUGGACCGUCACGUGAACGCACCAAAGGGGCUCAAAACACAGCAGUCAUGGCGGCGGUGUUGCCCAGGACGCUGGGUGAGCUGCAGCUCUACCGAAUCCUCCAGCGAGCCAACCUGCUCUACUACUACGAGGCCUUCAUCCAGCAGGGCGGCGACGACGUGCAGCAGCUGUGCGAGGCCGGCGAGGAGGAGUUCCUGGAGAUCAUGGCGCUGGUCGGAAUGGCCAGCAAGCCGCUUCACGUACGCCGACUGCAGAAGGCGCUGCGCGAUUGGGUCACCAACCCGGCCAUCUUCAACCAGCCGCUCACCUCGCUGCCCGUCUGCAGCAUUCCUGUCUACAAACUGCCCGAAGGCUCGCCCACGCUGCUGGCCGCCCAGGACCGGGCCAACACGUCCAGCAUCAAGAUGCCUAAAGCGGUGGCCACCUGCUCGGACACGGCCAAGCCGGAUGGGACUCGGGACAAGGUGUCGGCGGGCUCGCCCUUGGCGGGCAACGCCGAGGCUCGCUUCUGGUCGGGACACAGCAACGAUAGCGAGCACAGCCUGUCGCCCUCGGACCUCGGUUCCCCGUCUUCCCCCAGAGACGUGCUGGAGUCCCUGGACGUGGCUGCCGUGCAGUCGGUCCUGGAGUGUGUGGACAGGAUGGCGCCGGGGCUCGCCAAGGCGGACCUUGCCGAGGUCAAAGAGCAGCUGAAGAGCAACAAGAAGCUAGCAAAGAUGAUCGGACACAUCUUUGAGCUUAGCGACGACGACCCGAGGCGGGAGGAGGAGAUUCGCAAGUACAGCGCCAUAUACGGACGCUUCGAUUCCAAAAGGAGGGAUGGCAAACAUUUGACGCUCCACGAGUUGACGGUGAACGAGGCAGCGGCGCAGCUCUGCAUGAGAGACAUGGCCCUGCUCACUCGCAGAGACGAGCUGUUCGGACUGGCCCGGCAGAUCUCCAGAGAGGUCACGUACAAAUAUACCUACCGCACCAGCAAGUCUCGCUGCGGGGAUCGAGAUGAGCCUUCGCCCAAAAGGAUUAAAACUGAAGAGAACUUCUUUGACAUCCAGGAGGCCCUGCAGGCCAUCCACAUGAGGCAGGAAAUGCUCAGGGAGCAGCUGGCCUGCGCCAAGUCCAAAGGAGACGAAAGCAUCGGACGGAGUCUGCAGCUGCAGCUUGAGCGUCUGCUGGCCAGACAGAUGGAAAUCCUGCAGGACGCCGCAGUCCAGGAGCGACUGCAGGCUCUGGACUGGAGGAUCCCCCCUGCCGCCUUGAAGUACCUCGCCAGCGCCCACAGCACCAACGGAGCCGCCAGUGACUCCAGCAAGGAGAAUCAAGAUGAGCGACCCAUCAACUUGCGGGUGGUUAGCCAAACCAUGCAGGAAGGUGAGCUCCCUUUAGGCAAGCAGCUGGCCAAUGAGUUGAAGCGUCACCACAACCACAACCACAACCACAACAGCGUCACGGAUGAGGCCAAGAUACCAGCGACGGAAAACGGGAUGUCGCAGCGGGCGGCCGGCAACACGGAAAAAAAGACCAUCAAGUCAGAACCCGAGGACUCCACAUAGUGCCUCCUUCCCUCCCCCCCGCUCGGUCUCGUGCUCGUACGCAGAUGUCAGCCGUCACUAGAAACUAAGCAAGCACAGCCACAGUAGAGCCUUAACAAACCAACGUUGCCUCACCGAGAGCAUUUAUUUUCCUUGAGUUUGUCUUUGUGUCAGCGCCAAAGUAUCAAGAGAGCCUGCCGACAUGCCCCCGCCGAGCUUGGCGGGGUCUUCUCUCCACCACAAAUACAUUUGCAGUUGUCCUUCAUGCUGGGCCUGAAUCUGAACCCCCGCCUCCGUCCUUCUCCCAAAUCAUUGAAUGUUGGGGUCAAACGGGUCUGCGAGGUUCUGUCAGGAGACUGAGUUUGAGUCCAGACCCAGUAUCGGGCUCCUUGUCUUUAUUUUAGGGAUGACUCCGCCUCUCCUCUCGCUUGUCUCGUGUAUAUUUGUGGGAGAGGAAGCAUUUCUGAGCUACGAGCCGUGUUGUCUCAGGCUUGCAUGGUGUCACGCCUGCCGGUGAAAUCCAGAAGCACACAUCUGCUGACAGAAGAUUCCAGGACCGAAGAUGCAGCAUUGCAUCACACCUUUAGGUGUGCGUCCUUGCGGACUGUAAAUAAUUCAGUGUUAACAAAUUGUGUUAGCUAAUCUCAACCAGGGUUCUGUUAUGUCAAGUGUAACUUUACUGUGGAUGUUUGUGUCAAUAGUGUUCAUGUGCAUUAACAAAAAAAUCAGCGUCAAAAAAAAAAAAAUCAAGUGUGAAACCUGCUUUCCACGACGACUAUGAUAUUGAUGUCUCGCUAUCUCUCCAUGCGUAUUUCACGUGUGUUGCUCUUUAGCCGUAGAAACAUUUCAAGAGUUCUGUGCGUCCUGACAAGUUGGUCUGACCCCCCCCCCCUCC